AUGUCUACUAGAAUCUGUAGAAUUCGACCUGCUGUCGAAUGUGGUAUCAACUAUAGUCAUAAUCUGUAUGUGGCAGAUGUGAAUGAUCCGGAUAAAGUUGCAUUGACAUUUACUUUGCCGAACCAGGCCCAUUCAACCUUGUCCGAUGAGGAUAUCAUUGGCUGGGUUGAUCGUAGUGUCUUUUCAAAGAAUCUUCACUUGAACACAGAAUCUAGUGCCAUAUCUAGUAUAAAGCCAUUCAACUUUACCUCGAAUCAUCAAUUUGAAUCCAGAUUGCACAAGUUUCUUGCCGAAAACAUUCAUAAAGAUGAAGCAGCUCAAGCUCUAGCAAAUUAUCAAAAAGAAGGUCAUUUGAAUAUUAAUGACGAACGAGUCUUUACACCAUGGGGUAGAGUAAGCGAUCCAGAGGAUAUUUUGGGAAAUGUCCUUGUUCAAAAUGGCAAGAUCGUAAAAGGAAGCUAUCAAAGAAUGCCGACUCAUCGACUGUUUAGCCUGAAUGGUCUUUUUCAGCUUAACAAGUCUCUUCAUGAUCUGUAUAUUCAGAAAUAA